CUGAUUCUGAGAGCAUUUAUCUCCUAUAGCCAUAUCGUUCUGAUGGGCGACCGUUUCACCCAUGUCUCCCAACGCGACAUGGCGGAAUUCGCUAUGUAGGAGAUUCUAAUAGUACCUAUUAUAAUAUAUCAGCAAGUUACAAAUUACGCAGGCUCAUCGCCGUGGGAACCGUGUAUUCACAAUAUUGCUGGAGACUCCAAUCAUUUUGAUAGCCCUCUUCAUUUUGUCUAAAGAAUGCGAGUAAAAAUGAGAACUGAGGAUCGAUGCCGUCCAGGCUCCUCACCUUAAGAAAGCGCCACUUCUCUUCGGACGAUGCGCGGCAAUCGGAAGGAAUUUGAAAAUACAGGAAAUGCAACCCCCGAUUUCCUGGAAUUGAUGAGUACAAGUUCCCCGCCAUUCGUUCCGUCCGUAACAGGACCGGCACCGACGCGGGAAGACCGAAAGAGGCGGGAGGCAGGAGGAAGUCCAUCCCCGCGGAAAGAGGAGGAUGUCCCUGGCGCUGCUGCUCCUCCCGCUGCUCGCCCUCGCGGCCGGGGAGGCGGAGCCUGGCUGCCCCGAGGAGAGCCUGUCCCCGUGCGCGUGCGUCGACGAUUACGUCGAGGACUACCGGGACGGCGAGGUGAGAGUGGACUGCACGGGCGCCAGCACGAGCGCGGAGAUUGCGCGGGCGCUGAAGGGGGCCAACUGGCCCUCCACGCGACUCUGGCAAUUCUACAUGAACGGCACCCCCGGAGUGAAGCACCUCCCAGACGGCAUCCUCGCCCACCUCUCCUUCCAGUCCAUCUGGCUGAACGACACCCGCCUGAAGCGCGUCCACCCCUCCGUCCUCCUCCUCUCCGGCUCCCGCCUCGUGAAUCUCACCGUCCAGUUCGCCCGGCUGGAGGAAUUUCCCUUCCGGCUCCUUCCGGAAUUCCCGAGACUCCGGAGUCUCUGGCUCGAGAGCAACCUGCUGACUUCGGUCCCGGCGCUCCAGAGCGAGAGCCUCGAGAUCCUCGAUCUCGACCACAAUCGAAUCACGAGAGUGGAAGAAGACGGAUGGGCCACCCCCAACUUGAGAGACUUUGACCUGCGUUACAAUCCCCUGUCGAAGUUCCCAUCGACCGUGAUCGCGUCCCUGGAGAAGCUGGAGAGAUUCUAUUGUUCGGGGUGCAACUUGGGACCGACGCUCUCGGGCGGGUUGCUGGAAUUCCGGAGCAAGUCCCUGGAGUUGGUGUCGUUGUGGCAGAACAACGUCUCGAGGCUGGAGCCGGGAGCCAUCGAGGGUAUCGUCGCUCUUUUCGUCCUUUUGCUUCGUUCCCCGUCUGGCAGUGCCCUA